GAGAAACAAAAGCACAGAAUGUUAACGUUGCCACUCUCACUUCCUCUUGCACCUUAACCCAGAACUGCUUUGAAUACAGUAAUUGCCCUGAGGCACUGAGCCAGGGAGAGAAGACAGCAGUGCCUCAGCCGUAGGCACUUAGAGCCCAUCAUGUUUUUACAGGGCCACUUCUGCUCACCGAAAAUGCUGGGAUGAUGUCUCCCACCCGCCUGGCUGGGACUCUGAUCCCGGCCAUGGCCUUCCUCACCUGCCUGCGCCCUGAGAGCUGGGACCCUUGCAUACAGGUGGUUCCUAACAUUACUUACCAAUGCAUGGAGUUGAAUUUCUACAAAAUCCCUGACAACAUUCCCAGAUCAACCAAGGAACUGGACCUGAGCUUUAACCCCCUGAGGCAUUUAGGCAGCCAUAGCUUCUCCAGCUUCCCAGAACUGCAGGUGCUGGAUUUAUCCAGGUGUGAAAUUCAGAUGAUUGAAGAUGAUGCAUAUCAGGGCCUAGAGCACCUCUCCACCUUGAUAUUAACGGGAAACCCUAUCCAGAGGUUGGCCCCGGGAGCCUUUUCAGGACUAUCAAGUUUACAAACACUGGUGGCCGUGGAGACAAACAUAGUAUCUCUAGAGGACUUCCCCAUUGGACAUCUCAGAACUCUGAAGGAGCUUAAUGUGGCUCACAAUCUUAUCCAUUCUUUCAAGUUACCUGAGUAUUUUUCUAACCUGUCCCACCUGAAGGACUUGGACCUUUCUGAUAACAAGAUCCAAAAUAUUUACCUUAAAGACUUGCAGGUGCUACAUCAAAUGCCCCUACACAAACUCUCUUUAGACUUGUCCCUGAAUCCUCUGGACUUUAUCCAACCAGGUGCCUUUAGAGAAAUUAAACUCCGUGAACUGACUUUGAGAAGUAAUUUUCACAGUACAGAUGUAAUGAAAACUUGUAUUCAAGGUCUGGUUGGUUUAACAACCAAUCGGUUGGUUCUGGGAGAAUUUAGAAAUGAAAGGAAUGUGGAAAAAUUUGAUAAAUCUGUCCUGGAGGGGCUGUGCAAUUUGACCAUUGAAAAAUUCCAGAUAUCAUACUUCAAUUACUUCUCAGUUGAUACUUCUGACUUAUUUAAUUGUUUGGCAAAUGUUUCUGCAAUUUCUCUGGCGCAUCUGCAUUCAAACCAACUAGAAGGCCCUUGGAAAGGUUUCAGAUGUCAAUACUUAGAACUGUUUAAAUGUAAAUUUGAACAAUUUCCCAUACUGGAGCUCGACUCUCUCACAACGUUUGUUUUCACUGCCAACAAAGGGAUGAACACUUUUACUGAACUUAAGCUACCAAGGCUUGAGUUUCUAGAUCUCAGUAGAAAUGGCUUAAAUUUCAAGGGUUGCUGUUCUGAGACUGAUUUUGGGACAACCAGUCUCAAGUAUUUAGAUCUGAGCUUCAAUUAUAUUAUUACCAUGCAUUCAAACUUCAUGGGCUUAGAGCAGCUGGAAUAUCUGGAUCUCCAGCAUUCCAAUCUGAAACAGGCCAAUGACUUUUCAAUAUUUCUAUCACUCAAAAACCUCCGUUACCUUGAUAUUUCUUAUACACAAACCCGAAUUGUCUUCCAUGGCAUCUUUGAUGGCUUGGUCAGCCUCGAAGUCUUGAAAAUGGCUGGCAAUUCUUUUCAGAACAACAUCCUUCCAAAUAUUUUCUCAGAUCUGACUAACCUGACCACACUGGACCUCUCUAAGUGUCAACUGGAAGAGGUGUCCCAGAUGGCAUUUGACUCACUCUCUAGACUUCAGUUGCUAAAUAUGAGUCACAACAACCUCUUGUCAUUGGAUAUACUUAUUUAUAAACCUCUCCACUCCCUCCAGAUUCUGGACUGCAGCUUCAAUCGUAUAGUAGCCUCCAGGGUGCAAGAAACACAGCAUUUUCCAAGUAGUCUAGCUUCCUUAAAUCUUAGUUGGAAUGACUUUGCUUGUGUUUGUGAACACCAGGGUUUCCUGCAGUGGGUCAAGGACCAGAGGCAGCUCUUGGUGGAAGUUGAACAACUGGUGUGUGCAAAGCCUUUAGAUAUGCAGGAUGUACCUUUGCUGAGUUUUAGGAGUACCACCUGUCAGAUAAGCAAGACUAUCAUUAGUGUGUCAGUUCUCACUGUACUCAUACUGUGUGUGGCAGUAGUUUUAGUCUAUAAGUUCUAUUUCCACCUGAUGCUUCUUGCUGGCUGCAAAAAGUAUGGCAGAGGUGAAAGCACCUAUGAUGCCUUUGUUAUCUACUCAAGCCUGGAUGAAGACUGGGUGAGGAAUGAAUUAGUAAAGAACUUGGAGGAAGGAGUGCCCCCUUUCCAUCUUUGCCUUCACUACAGAGACUUUAUUCCUGGUGUGGCCAUCGCUGCCAACAUCAUCCAGGAAGGUUUCCACAAAAGCCGGAAGGUUAUUGUCGUGGUGUCCCAGCACUUCAUCCAGAGCCGAUGGUGCAUCUUUGAGUAUGAGAUUGCCCAGACCUGGCAGUUCCUGGGCAGUCACGCUGGCAUCAUCUUCAUCGUCCUGCAGAAGCUGGAGAAGUCCCUGCUCCGGCAGCAGGUAGAGCUGUAUCGCCUCCUCAGCAGGAACACUUACCUCGAGUGGGACGACAGUGUCCUGGGGCGGCACAUCUUCUGGAGACGGCUCAGAAAAGCCUUGCUGGAUGGGAAGCCAUGGAGUCCAGAAGGAACAGCAGAUGCAGAGAGCAGCCAGCCCAAAGCAACAACCUCCAGCUGAGGAGGAAAAACUCCUCAAGUGCUUCUUGCCCAGCUAGACCCAAUACUUGUUCAGUUAACAAGUAUUAAAUGCUGCAACCUAUUAGCCAGUGUGCUAAAAGCAGGUGAUUCAGUGGUGUAUAAAAUACACAGCACUACUAAUCUCAUGGAGUUUACAGUGCACAGGGAUAAAUAUCAUGCUAAAAUACAGAACCUCUAGGUGGAUGCUUCAACCAACUCAGCUAAGGAGUCUCUGACAGGAAAAAUCAGCUCAACUCUUACACCAUCAAAUUAAAUUAGAACUAAGAGACUGAGCCCCAGUGAGAUCAGAAAAAGACCUAGUUCUUCAGCUGAGUCUUUUGAAUGGAAACUACUUCGUGUUACAUGUUUCAGCCAUCUCAAAACAAAGUGGUUUUGGUAGCUGCAGCUAAGCUGGGUCUUUGCUCACUUUAUUCUUUUCUGUUGAAUCCUGUUUAAAUUCUACUUGAUGGCUCAGGAGACUCCGGAUUCAGAUCCCAGCUCCACUUUCAGUCAGUUUCCUUACUGGUUAAAAAUCCCAUAACUAAUAGCUAAGGAAACCAGAUUCACAAACAUCCUGCUCAUUUCUUAGCAUGUUCUAUUUAUUAACUAAUAGUCCCUGAUACAUUUUCAUUUUUAUAGAUCCAGUUCUCAUUUUUCAUGUCUUCCCUAUGAUUCUUGUCAUAAAUAAAUCUGGUAGAGGUACUCUGGAAAUAUCCACAUUUAACCACUAUCUUUCAGACAAACAUGUAAAAUGUACGCUGUCACUUUGUCACUUGAUGUCGUUCUAAAGUUAUUAUGUACUAAGUUAGGACUGUCAUGAAAGUAGCAUUAAAAUAAUUUGGUUCAAAGUGGCACUUACUGUAAUAGAGGGGAACAAUUCAAAAUUCCGGGUCUCAUAAUGAGCAAUUAAAAUUGGAGGCAGGGCAAGAAGUGGGAUGACCUCAGGAGGUCAGCCCUUCUUGAUGAUCUCAGAGACCUGUGGGCUAAUAUAGCUGACGUGAGCACACGACACGAUCUGCAGCAAAGGUUUCUACUGCCGCAAAUGAGUAUUGUUUGAUGCAACACAAUCUUUCAAGGGGUUGUGAAAUGGUUCAAGGUGGGAAGCAUGUGUUGCUUUCAUUUCAUGACCCCAUUUUGUAAAGAGUAGAUGUUAUCACUGAGAAAAUAAUGUCCCUGAGGUUAAUGUGAGUCACAUGAAGGGGAAAUCUUAGAAAAGCAGGAUCACCCAGGUUCCCCAGAAUGGUGCAUUCAAAGAAAGAGCAAUGAGAAUAUGUGGGAAAUGGGACUGUCAAAAACUGGAAAUAUGGGCAUGGUUGGGAAUGUGAUUGUGACUGAGUAUUUCAGAGUGUAUUUUGAUUGGAGCAUGCUUGGAAUCACCGAGCAUACCUGGGUGUGCUUAUAGGCCUUAUGAGCUAGUGAAAGGGGGUAUAUGUAUUUGUGCACAUGCCUCUGUGUCUGUGUACAUGCAGUAACAUGUGUGUCUAUGUGAUCAUGUCUGCAUGGAAGAGAAUGUGAUUAAACUUCAAGGGGAAUAUGUGCAUUUGAUGUGGAUGUCUACAGCAGCAGACAGGUUUUCUUCUGAGAUAGGUUCUCUUCUCCUGUCUUUGUAUGGGAUUGCUUAUAUACAAAUGUCUGCUUUAAAUUCUGAGUGUACAUGAAGGCAUGUGCUUCAGGCUAUAUGUGAGUAUACCUGUGUUGAUAUUUGAGCAUGCAUUCUUCAUGUGUGUGUUAGUUCAAGCAAAUAUACAAGACUCCAAAGAGGAAAAUCAAAA